AACGUCCGCCCCUUCACUACUCAAUCUGUUUUGUACUAAAAGUAAAAUUUAAUUGUUCUUCUUCCGGCGAGCCAGGAGAAAUUUUAUGACCUUGGAAGUGGUGAAAGAUGUCGUUGGUGCACAGUGGUCUCCAAAGCGAGAUGUCACAAUUCUGCAUAAUGAAAAUGAGGAUAUUUGUGAACCACUUUUUCCCCACAGGAAAUGGUAGUGGAAAUCUGAAGUUCACUUCCUCAAAAGUCUAUGGUUAUCGUUGUUUCAUUAAAAAUCUUGAAAAUAAGAUUUUAUUUUUUUGGUAAGAGUUAUGCAAUCAAGGUGGUCAGAGAAUUCAGAUCCAGCCUCUUCAGUUCCUCCUCAUCGCACAGUCCCACCAUUCCAGAAGUCAGUUUAGUGAACCCCUGCUGCUUUCUCUCAAUGGUUCUUAACCUGUCCAGACAGAGUGUUAUCCGUGCCAUACUUGGUGCUUGUUCUGUCCGAGCAUAUCGUGGAGAUAUUCCUGAUGAUGAAAUGAAAGACAUCUUUCAGAUACUGCUGCCUCCAUGGGAAGAACGAACCAACGAACCACUAGAUACAAAGCGAGCACGCCUCCUCUAUGAGAGCCGCAAGCGGGGAAUGCUAGAGAACUGCAUCAUACUGAGUUUCUUUGCCAAAAAAUAUCUGAACAAAAUGACAGAGAACCAGUUGAGCUUGUACGAUAAACUGAUAAAUCAACCGAGCAAUGACUGGGACAUUUACUAUUGGAUAACUGAAACCAAGCCAACUCCUCCAGAAUUUGAUAAUGAAGUAAUGACUUUGCUGAAGGAGUUCACUAAAAAUCGCAACAUGGAACACAGGAUAGGGCAGCCUGCUCUUGAUUAUCUCUUUGAGAAGAAAAAUUAAAAUUGAAUUAUUUUGCCCAUAUAAGGACUGCUGAUUCUCCAGGGUUUUAUUUAACUGAUCUAUAGUAAAAAUAAACAGAAGGUACUAUGUUCAAAUAUUA